UCUGUGUGUAGUACACGCUGAUAGCUGAGUGAGUGAGCUAGUGAGUGAGCGAGCGAGGGAGCUCGGCGUCGGCGCGUCUUAUCCAGAAAUGGCGCGGUGGCGUGCGGCGGCGACGGUGGUGUGGGCAUUCGCGGUGGUGGCGGUGGCGAAGGAGUGCACGAACGUCCCGACGCAGCUGUCGUCGCACACGGUGCGGGCGCGGCUGCAGGCGACGCCGGGGGCGGCGGAGUGGCGGUGGCGGGAGGAGUUCCACGACCACCUCAACCCCACCGACGAGGCGGCGUGGAUGGACCUGCUGCCGCUCCGCACCGCCUUCCCGUCGGCGGCGGCGGGGGAGGAGUUCGACUGGGCGAUGCUGUACCGGUCGCUCAGGGGCGCCGCCAGCGGCGACGGAUACGGCGGCGGGUUCCUCGAGGAGGUUUCGCUGCACGACGUGCGGCUGGACGUCGACGGCGACGGCGUGUACGGGCGCGCGCAGCAGACGAACCUCGAGUACCUGCUGCUGCUCGACGCGGACAGGCUCGUGUGGAGCUUCCGGACGCAGGCCGGGCUGCCGGCGCCGGGGAAGCCGUACGGCGGCUGGGAGGGCCCCGACGUCGAGCUCCGCGGCCACUUCGUCGGGCACUACAUGAGCGCGGCGGCGAAGAUGUGGGCGACCACGCACAACGGCACGCUCGCCGGCAAGAUGGCAGCGGUGGUGGACGCCUUGCACGACUGCCAGGCGGCAGCCGGCACCGGCUACCUCUCUGCCUUCCCCGCCGAGUUCUUCGACCGCUUCGAGGCCAUCCGCCCCGUCUGGGCUCCCUACUACACUAUCCACAAGAUCAUGCAGGGCCUGCUUGAUCAGCACACGGUGGCCGGGAACGGCAAGGCGCUCGGCAUGGUGGUCGCCAUGGCCGAUUACUUCGCCGGCCGCGUGAGGAGCAUCAUCCAGAGGUACACCAUCGAGAGGCACUGGACGUCGCUCAACGAGGAGACCGGCGGGAUGAACGACGUCCUCUACCAGCUCUACACCAUAACUAAAGACCAGAGGCAUUUGGUGCUUGCUCAUCUUUUCGACAAGCCUUGCUUUCUAGGAUUGCUUGCAGUUCAGGCUGACAGUCUUUCAGGUUUUCAUGCAAAUACACACAUUCCUGUUGUUGUCGGAGGCCAAAUGAGAUAUGAAGUUACUGGUGAUCCUCUUUACAAGGAGAUUGCAACAUUCUUCAUGGAUAUAGUAAACUCUUCUCAUAGCUAUGCCACAGGUGGCACAUCUGUUAGUGAGUUCUGGUCAAAUCCAAAACAUUUAGCUGAGGCCCUGACCACUGAGACUGAGGAGUCUUGCACCACCUACAACAUGCUGAAGGUUUCUCGGCACCUAUUUAGAUGGACAAAGGAAAUAGCGUACGCGGAUUACUACGAGCGAGCGCUGAUAAAUGGUGUCCUAAGCAUUCAAAGAGGAAGAGAUCCUGGUGUGAUGAUCUACAUGCUGCCCCAGGGCCCUGGAAGAUCUAAAGCAGUAAGCUACCAUGGGUGGGGAACGCAGUAUAAUUCAUUUUGGUGUUGUUAUGGAACUGGGAUAGAAUCAUUCUCCAAGCUGGGGGAUUCUAUAUACUUUGAAGAGAAAGGAAACAAGCCUGGGCUCUACAUUAUUCAGUACAUACCGAGCACAUUGAACUGGAGAACUGUAGGUCUUACUGUUACUCAGCAAGUGAAGCCCCUCAGCUCAUCAGAUCAGUAUCAUCAAGUUUCACUCUCCAUUUAUGCUGAAAAGACAAACGGGCAAUAUGCGACACUGAAUGUGAGAAUACCAUCAUGGACAUCAGUGAAUGGUGCAAAAGCAACUCUGAACGACAAAGAUCUACAAUUAGCAUCUCCAGGGAUUUUUCUCACAAUCAGCAAGCAGUGGUAUAAUGGUGAUCACUUGCUACUCCAGUUCCCAAUUAACCUAAGGACAGAAGCAAUAAAAGACGAUCGGCCACAGGUGGCAUCCCUGAACGCAAUCCUGUUCGGGCCAUUCCUCCUCGCCGGCCUCACCACCGGCGACUGGGACGCGAGGACCGGCGGCGCCGCCGCGGCGUCGGACUGGAUCGCCCCUGUCCCUGAAUCGCACAACUCCCAGCUGGUGACGCUCACGCAGGAAUCCGGCGGGAAGACCCUGGUCCUCUCCACCGUGAACGACACCUCCCUGGCGAUGCAGGAGCGGCCCGAGGCCACCGGCGGCACCGACGCCGCCGUGCGCGCCACGUUCAGGGUGGUGCCGCCGACGCAGCAGCUGGGCGGCUCGACCGCCAAGCGACGCCGCGCCGGCGCCGGCGCCGGCGCGGCGGUGGGGCUGACGGUCACCGCGGCGACGAUCGAGCCGUUCGGCCUGCCGGGGACGGCGGUCUCCAACGGCCUCGCCGUGGUGCGCGCCGGGAGCGGGAAGAGCUCGGACACGUUGUUCAACGUUGUGCCGGGGCUCGAUGGGAAGCCCGGCUCCGUCUCCCUCGAGCUCGGGAGCAAGCCCGGGUGCUUCUUGGUCGCCGGCGCCGGCGCCGGCGCGAAGGCGCAGGUCGGCUGCAGACAACGCAGCGGCGGCGGCGGCGGGUUCGAGCAGGCGGCGAGCUUCGCGCAGGCCGAGCCACUGCGGCGGUAUCAUCCGGUCAGCUUCAUCGCCAGCGGCGUGAGGAGGAGCUUCGUCCUCGAGCCAUUGUUCACCUUGAGGGACGAGUUCUACACCAUCUACUUCAACCUCGCAGCCUGACAACGAAGUGGCAAUCUCUCUCUCUCCUUAGCUCUCUAAUUUUUUGGAGGUGGUGAAGGAUAAUUUGUUGGGUUAAUUCUUUGAUCACUUUCGAUGCUCUAUGAGCUUAGCUUAGCGAUUAGCAUGGCCAGGAGCAGCUGAAUGUGAAAAUGAGUUUGGUUUACAUGUAGCCUCCUCUACCUCUGACUAGCCUGAUGUUGCUCUGCAACUUCAGCUCUUAGCUGGCCAUUAUUUUCUUUGAAAAGAUUAUCUCUUGAUGCAGUUGAGUACGCUCAAAAGUUCUGCAGAUGAAAGAGUAAUUAAGGAUCAAGGAUGCCAUUGACCUAGUAAUUGCUAAGCAGUAAGCACGUGUUUUAAGUCCUUAUGUGGCUUAAAAUACAAAUCUGAGCAGGUUCAGAGAUUGCUUUGUUUGCAUUUUAUUCAACCUAUCUGAUGCUAUGUGCACAAUACGAAAUAAGAGCAGGUUCUGAACUUACCUUGAAUGUACUCUCUUCAAGUUACU